AUGCCCUUUGGACUCUGCAAUGCGGCGGCUACCUUCCAACUCCUCAUGCAAACAGCUCUGAUCGGCCUAUUCUUAAAGCAUUGCAUUAUCUAUCUUGACGAUAGAGAUAGUCAAGAGCACAACGCCAACCUGAAACUAGUGUUAGACCGCCUACGGGAUGCAGGGCUAACCCUGAACCCGAAGAAGUGCCGUUUCCUGCAACGCUCAGUCACCUUCCUGGGAUAUACAGUCUCGUCGAAUGGAAUAGCCGUCACCGACGACCGUGUACAACAAAAGCAGGCGAAGAGGAAUUUCAAAUGGGGGAAAGAGCACAGUGAGGUGUUUAAAGAACUGAAGCGAAUGCUCUGCUCCGCUCCGAUCCUAGCAUUGCCAAACUUCGAAUCGAGCGCUCCUUCGUUUAUACUGGAUACAAAUGCGAGCGACGUGGCUGUAGGCGGUGUACUCUCACAAAAGGACAUAAAAGGCAGAGAACACGUCAUCGCCUACGCAAGUACAAGGCUCAGCAAAAAAUGCGACAGAAAAGGGCGGCGCAACUCCAAUACCAAAAAGGAAAAGGGCAUAGUAAUGCGGAUGCACUAUCCCACAGACCGGCUCCAGCAAAAAACAGGUGACGUUAUGGUGCACACCGUAUUUUUAAGCGAUCCUACUAGACAUCAUUGGAGAAAAAUGCAGGGUACUGAUCCUGACACAGCUCUGAUAUAUGAGAAAUUCCUGGCAUCCUCGCAUAAGCCUGCAUCGGAAGAGAUAACGUCGGCCAGCAAGGCGGCUAGACGGAUUUGGCGAGAGUGGUCGAAACUCUCUUUGGAGGAUAAGAUUUUAUGGUACCAAGAAGGUGUUCACUCUCCUAAGUGUCUAGUGGUUCCUGGAUCACUAGUACAAACAGUUCUGCAAGAGUUACACGAGCAACUCGGUCACGUGGGUGAAAAGAAGAUGUUAGAUGCCUCGAGUAAAAGAUACUGGUGGCCUUCGCCCACCCUAGAUGUGCGGGAUUUCUGCCGAACCUGUACCACUUGCAGUGGUUUUAAAAACUCCCAGCCCACAGCCAUUGCACCUUUACAACCCAUGCCUACCGGGUUCCCAGGGGAAAGAGUAGGUAUAGACAUUAUGAGUCCUCUUCCACCCACCAAGAGAGGAAACCGAUAUAUCUUGGUUAUGGUUGAUUACUUCACGAAAGCGGCCGAGGCUGAACCUAUGAAGUCACAAGAUGCUGAAACAGUUGCUUCAGUUUUCUUCAAUCGGUGGGUUUGCCAGCAUGGAGUGCCCGAAUCCGUUCAUAGCGAUCAAGGCCCUAACUUCGAGAGCCGACUCUGCAUUGAGCUAUGUAAGAUAUGCCAGAUCUCAAAGACACGCACAACACCUGCACAUCCACAAGGCAACGGCCAGGUGGAAAGAACGAAUCGCACCCUGAUCGGACUACUAAAGGCUUUCACUAGGGACGCACAACCAGAUGACUGGGAUUUGAGUCUAGGUCGCGUUCUUCUCGCAUACAGAGCCAUGGUUCACACGUCAACGGGUGUUUCUCCGUUCAAGAUGCCCACAGGUCGUGAAAUGAGAGUGCCUUCCAACAUCUUUGUGCCAAACACUGACGGAUCAGCCGACCAUGUUCCGGAGUAUAUACUACGCCUGAAAGAAAGUAUAAGAAGAACUUUCAACAGCGCACGCAAACAUUUACGGCUGUCCUAUACCAGGCAGAAGAAAUAUUAUGACCGACAUUGCUGGACGAACGUCUACCGAGAAGGCGACUUAGUGCAAAUUUACAGACCGGUUCCCCCACCUGGAACACACCGCAAGUUCCAUCACCCCUGGAGCAGGGACCCAUUUCGGGUGGUGAAGGCGCUCUCACCUACAAACUACCUCGUCCGCAACGCACAACUGCGUACCCGGCCUGUAAUCGUUAAUCACAACAAGAUGAGACCGUAUAAAGGGCCACCGCCAGUUGGUUACGAAGAUGAGGUUUACGUCCUGACCGAAGACAGGAGACCGCCGGUUAGGAACCUCAAUGGGAGUUCAUAA